AUGAGAUCUGAGAGUGUUCUGCCUGAUGAGAUCACAUUUCUUGGUCUGUUAAACGCUUGCAGCCACAGAGGUUUAGUGGAAGAAGGGCGUGAGUACUUCUCACGGAUGGUUAACGAGUUCAGGAUUGUUCCGAGUGUUAAGCACUAUGGUUCUAUGGUGGAUCUUCUUGGUAGAGCUGGACUUUAUAAUGAUUUGAAGCUAGCUGAGAAGGUUAGUGAAAGGAUCUUUGAGGUAGAUGACUCACACGGUGGCGGUGGCGAUUACGUGAUCUUAUCAAACCUAUACGGUAGAAACAAGAAAUGGGAAAGUGUAGAUUCUUUGAGAAAGGUGAUGAAAGAUCGAAAAGCGGUGAAAGUUCCAGGGUGCAGCUCUAUAGAGGUUAAGAACGUGGUUCAUGAGUUUUUCUCAGGGGCUGGUGUGAAUGUGAAGUCUAAUACACCCACAAAGCUUCACAGAGCAUUAGAUGAAAUGGUGAGAGAGCUAAAGCUUGUAGGGUAUGUUCCUGAUACGUCGAUGGUGGUUCAUGCGGAUAUGAAUGAUCAUGAAAAGGAGAUUACGGUUAGGUAUCAUAGUGAAAAGCUUGCGAUUGCGUUUGGAGUGUUGAAUACUCCUCCAGGGACGACGAUUCGGGUUGUGAAGAAUCUGAGGGUGUGUAGAGAUUUCCACAAUGCUGCUAAGUUGAUAUCUGUUGUGUUUGGUAGGAGAGUUGCUCUUAAAGAUGUUCAGAGGUUUCAUCAUUUUGAAGAUGGUAAUUGUUCUUGUGGGGAUUUUUGGUGA